AUGUCAGACCGUCAACAACAGCCACCUACUAGCCAAAACCAAACACCUAUUCCCCCACAACAUGUUGCCACGCGCCUUCCCCCUAGAACAUUAGGUUCAAGAGCACGGCCUUCUGGAAACUCUGCUUCAUUUCUUGGUGGUCCAGGAGUAACUGCGGUUCCUGCCAAGUUUGGGAAAGAAGCAGAAGCCAAUCUACCAAAACCUGCGCCUGAGCUGCUGCCAAUUCCUGACACACCCCGUGAAGAGCUUUUGUUGCAGAUUCAGCAGGCUGGAUACUCAGACCUCCAAAAGUACAUCAAUUCAACAUUAGACCUUGAUACAUUUACUCUCAAGUCUCGAGCCUAUGUUCGGAUCCGUAGUCUUAUUCAGGUGCUUUCUCUGAAAGUAACACUGAAAAAGCGUCCACAGACUACUGAUAGUGAAUCAACCAAGCGAUUACUCAGAGUUUUGGGAAAGGUUAAUGAGUUAAUUGAUGAUGUUCCUCCUCUGGAAGGUCCGCGUCGGUUUGGCAAUCUUGCUUUCCGAACAUUUCAUGAUAGGUUGAAAAAAGACGCACAAACUAUGCUUCCUGAGACCAUUGGGCAGCCAAGAGAAGAGAUCACCAAAAGUACAAACUCUGAAUCGCCUGUUUCCAACAACCCUUAUAUUGAGCUAGUCCCUUACUUUUUGGGAGGAUUUGGGUCUCGUCAGCGAUUAGACUUUGGAACUGGUCACGAGCUCAGUUUCCUAGCCUUUUUUGGUGGUUUAUGGGCAAUUGACCUUGUGGAUCCAGAAAUUAGUGGCGAAGAUAUUUUGCUUAUUUUUGAAACAUAUUUCAAUACUAUUCGCAAACUCAUUGUUAAGUACAGCCUGGAGCCUGCAGGAAGUCAUGGAGUAUGGGGGUUAGAUGAUCAUUUUCAUCUGCCAUACAUUUUAGGGUCUGCGCAAAUUGUCAACAUCACUGAGCCUGAUACCCCAACACCGCGAUUUUCUCCCAAGCUGGUUCUUCGUCCUCAAGUAGUAGAGCGUGAAAAGGAUACAAACCUCUACUUUAGUGCCAUUGCCUUCAUUAAUAAGGUCAAGAUCGGGCCUUUUUACGAGCACUCGCCUAUUUUAUACGAUGUAUCUUCGGUUGCUACCUGGCAUAAAAUUCAUCGCGGCAUGAUUAAAAUGUAUGUAGCAGAGGUUCUUGGAAAGUUCCCUGUCGUUCAGCAUUUUUGUUUUGGAACUGGCCUGUUUCCUUGGGCAGACCGUGUAACUGGUAAAUUGUUACCAAGUACCGAAGCUGAUGUCAAUGAUGAAAAGGAACGCGAUCAACAAGAGAAGAAGGCAGCCGCAAUUCGUCUCCUUAAUAGUCAAUAUUUAGGUGGUGGAACUUCUAGCCAUACUACAACUAUUCGAAAUCCCAAUGAGUCUCAGUCUGUGACUAAGGCACCUUGGGCCACACAGUGA